UCCGCGAGGCUCCCGGGACCGGAAGUGGAGGCGAACGGUCGCGGGAAGUGCCUGGCCUUCCUCAACGCCCGGCAGUUUUUGCGGUCGCCACCACUCUCGGCCACUGCCGAGGCUUCCCGCAGCCGUCAUGUCCGCCAGUGCCGUUUACGUGUUGGACCUGAAAGGCAAGGUGCUCAUCUGCCGGAACUACCGAGGUGACGUGGACAUGUCGGAAGUGGAGCACUUCAUGCCCAUCUUGAUGGAGAAGGAGGAGGAGGGGAUGCUGUCGCCCAUCCUGGCCCACGGGGGUGUCCGAUUCAUGUGGAUCAAGCACAACAACCUGUAUUUGGUCGCCACCUCUAAGAAGAACGCGUGUGUGUCACUGGUAUUCUCUUUCCUCUAUAAGGUGGUGCAGGUGUUUUCAGAGUACUUCAAGGAGCUGGAGGAGGAGAGCAUCCGAGACAACUUUGUCAUCAUCUAUGAGCUGCUGGAUGAGCUCAUGGACUUCGGCUACCCCCAGACCACAGACAGCAAGAUUCUGCAGGAGUACAUCACUCAGGAAGGCCACAAGCUGGAAACAGGGGCCCCACGGCCCCCAGCCACUGUCACCAACGCAGUGUCCUGGCGGUCCGAGGGCAUCAAGUACCGGAAGAACGAGGUGUUCUUGGAUGUCAUCGAGUCUGUCAACCUUUUGGUCAGUGCCAAUGGCAAUGUCCUGCGCAGUGAGAUCGUGGGUUCCAUCAAGAUGCGGGUGUUCCUCUCGGGCAUGCCCGAGCUGCGUCUGGGCCUCAACGACAAGGUCCUCUUCGACAACACGGGCCGCGGCAAAAGCAAGUCAGUGGAGCUGGAGGACGUGAAGUUCCACCAGUGCGUGCGGCUCUCCCGCUUCGAGAACGACCGCACCAUCUCCUUCAUCCCGCCCGAUGGCGAGUUCGAGCUCAUGUCCUACCGUCUCAACACCCACGUCAAGCCCUUGAUUUGGAUUGAGUCAGUGAUCGAAAAGCAUUCCCACAGCCGCAUUGAGUACAUGGUCAAGGCCAAGAGCCAAUUCAAGCGGCGGUCAACAGCCAACAACGUGGAGAUCCACAUCCCUGUGCCCAAUGAUGCCGACUCGCCCAAGUUCAAGACAACAGUGGGGAGUGUCAAGUGGGUCCCUGAAAACAGCGAGAUUGUGUGGUCCAUCAAGUCCUUCCCAGGCGGCAAGGAGUACCUCAUGCGGGCCCACUUUGGCCUGCCCAGUGUGGAGGCUGAGGACAAGGAGGGCAAGCCUCCAAUCAGUGUCAAGUUCGAGAUCCCCUACUUCACUACCUCUGGCAUCCAGGUGCGCUACCUGAAGAUCAUUGAAAAGAGUGGCUACCAGGCCCUGCCGUGGGUCCGAUACAUCACUCAGAAUGGAGAUUACCAGCUCCGGACCCAGUGAGGGCUCAGUGCCCCACCCUGGUGCAGGAGCGCCUGGCGGAAGCAUUGGACGGCCUGUCAAGCCCACCGGAAGGAGGACACCCUGACACUGGCCACAGCCCCUGCUCUGCCAGGAGACCCCUCCCUUCUCCAGGCACACCUUCUCUGCCCUCACCACUCUUGUCUUCAAAGCCCCUUCUCCCAGAACAGGCUCGUCUUCCAGAUGUCCCGUCUCCUUGCCCCCAGUUGGUGUGGGGCAAGGAGGCGUCACCUCCCCGCACCAGAGGUCUCGUGCACCCUCCAGGCCGCUCAGUCCCAGGUGCCACAAAGGUCGGGAACUCUCGCCGGGUGCUGCCCUUGUGCCGACUGUGUGCUUCUGAGUCUCUGGCGCUUUGUCUUCUUCCUUCGUUGCUGUUUACGUGAACCCUGCUGUCCGCUCUCACUCCUUGUCCUGAAGCUCCAGGCGGCACUGAGUGAGGGUGGGACCCCCCUCCUCGGCCCCCUUCCACAGUGGGGGCAUCCUCCACUUGGGGAAGAACCCCAGCACUUUGGCCCCUUGGGGGCUCCUGGCCUGGACCCACAAGCUUCGGUGAGGCACCUCCCCAGGGCCAGCCUGUGCCACACACUGCUGCCACUCAGCCACACCAGUGUUUGUCCCCCCUCGGUGGGUGCAGCGAGGGCCGCUGGCCUCAGAGGGCACAGGUCAUCGCAUCUGUGCUUGGUCACCCCUGCCCCGUCUGCGUUUGUGUAAUAAUUAGAUUAAAUUUCAUUAAUUAAACCCUC